AUGGCCACGACUGCAUCGCAACAGUCGCCUUCGUUAGUGCGCAGUCACUCGGCCUCCCGCAACCCUCCUUCUUCAUAUGCUACCACCUCGCCCUCGCAACCUACAAGGACGCGUUCCACAAACACCAGACCCUCAAAUCACACCCGCUCUGCAUCCCGAACCCACGAAAACCCGCCUCAAUCCAAUCCCACCGCCCUCGCGAAUGUCGCUCGCAGAGAUUUCGAACAAUCAAAUGUCGCUCGGACAACCUCCUCUCGUCGCAGCACUUCUCGAGAUGGGAGAGGGGAAUAUCCUUCGGAGCCGCCCGCUCACGGGCGUUCCUCCUCCCGACCUGGAUCUCGACGGAACAGUCAAGAUCUAACCGCACCUACGGCAGUAAUUGCCAACGGAACAACCUCACAGCCCCCGCCUAGUACAGCCUCAAGAACCGAGACUCACGCCUCGCAAGCCUAUCCCACAAUCGGUCGGAGGCGAACAUCUAUAACAUGCCAGACAGGGACUUGGUCACUAGGGAAAACAAUUGGUCAGGGCAGCAUGGGGAAGGUCAAGCUUGCAAGGAACGUUGAGAGUGGAGAGCAAGCAGCCAUCAAGAUUGUCCCACGCCAAGCGGCUGACGAGCAAGGGAAUCCGAAAGAUGAGCGCGCGGAUCGGUCGAAAGAAAUCCGAACUGCAAGAGAGGCGGCCAUGGUGUCAUUACUGUCUCACCCGUACAUUUGUGGAAUGAUCGAUGUCCAGAGGACCAACUAUCACUGGUACAUGCUUUUUGAGUAUGUAAAUGGUGGCCAGAUGCUGGAUUAUAUUAUCGCUCAUGGCAGGCUGAAAGAGAAGCAAGCGCGGAAGUUUGCUCGACAGAUUGCAAGCGCGCUGGACUACUGCCAUCGAAACAGCAUCGUCCAUCGGGAUCUCAAGAUCGAGAACAUCCUGAUCAGCAAGACUGGGGAUAUCAAGAUCAUUGACUUUGGCCUCAGCAACCUUUAUUCGCCUCGUUCGCUUCUGAAAACAUUUUGCGGGAGUCUUUAUUUCGCGGCACCAGAAUUGUUGCAAGCCCGACAGUACACCGGCCCUGAGGUUGAUGUAUGGAGUUUCGGGAUUGUUCUUUAUGUUCUCGUCUGUGGCAAAGUCCCAUUUGAUGACCAGAGCAUGCCUCAAUUGCACGCAAAGAUCAAAAGAGGUAUUGUCGACUAUCCUCAAUGGCUGACAGCCGAGUGUAAGAAUAUCAUUUCGCGCAUGCUCGUCGUGGAUCCACGAGAUCGAGCUAGCCUUCAAGAAAUUAUGAACCAUCCGUGGAUGACAAAAGGCUUCAACGGCCCGCCGGACAAUUAUCUCCCACACAGGGAGCCUCUUCAGCUGCCACUCGAUCCUGAGGUCAUUGACAAAAUGCAAGGUUUUGAUUUUGGGUCUUCAGCGUACAUUACCGAGCAGCUCACCCGGAUCAUCGAGUCGGAGGAUUACCAGAAUGCUGUUCGCAGAAGUGCCAAGGAAGAUUACAGCCAUGCCUCGAGCAGCGGAGAGAAGAAGCGUGGAGUCUUCGACUUUUACAAACGACGAAAUUCAAUUAGCCGUGAAGGCCUCUCGGCCCCGUCUUCUGAAGCCAUCAGAGGUAAUGACCCCAUCAAUGCAUACAGCCCCCUGAUCUCUAUAUAUUACCUCGCACGUGAAAAACGUGAUCGAGAGCGACAGCAGCAAAAUCCCGGUGCGCUGGCCAUGCCUAUGACGGAAAAGGAGGCACCUCUCAAACUCCCUGGGCUGCCUACGCCAGAAGCUGCUCAUACAAACACGUUCGCGCCAGAAAUGCCGGGGGAGAAAGCCACUGGAGGCCGAGCGAGACCGCGUGCUCGAACAAACGGUGAAGACGAUGUUCCGCAUGGUACGAAGUCGCCGGAGGCCGCCGACAGAAAACCUGCUCCAAAUGCGGUUCCACAAAAUGCAAUCCCUCAACCUGAUCAGCCUGCGAAGCGCGAGGGCACUGCCUUGGGUCUCUUGCGAAGGUUUAGUACUAGACGCUACCGUGACCGAGACAUGGAAAGGCCCCAACCUCCACCGGCGUUGAACAUUCAACCCCCAGCUGAUUCAGUAACACCUCCACGCAAGUCCUUCUCUGUUCGACGCUCACGGAGAAGAGACCCGAGCCCAACAACUCACCAUCAGGGAGGCAGUCAACCACAGCAUGAGGGUCUCCUAAGUGCCAGUGGGGGCUUAUCUAGAGCGGGGAAAUUUUUGGGCAGGUCGACCAGCGUCAAUUCGGCAGAGUACCGUCCACGACGCGUUCUGCACAGAGGAACAUCGGGCAACGAUUCUCCAAUGCUCGCGCCUGAGCCACCGCCUACUAGUGGCUCUGAUCAGUCGAGUGUAAAUGCUGGUCGAGCUGGCAAGGGCGUGGAACUUACAGACAAGCCCGCUCCUAACGCCAGCCCGCUGACUACACCACGCACCCCCACUACUACACGCACGAAGUCUCUGGGCCAUGCACGUCAGGAAAGCAUUCAAGCCAGGCGACGCCGCCAUGAAGAGCGUCGAGCAGAGGCUAAUGUCCCUGAGGAGACGGAUGCUGAGAUGCGAGAUGGGGUAGAUGCACUCGACACGCCGGCCAUUCCCGAUACCCCUGGGACCGAAAUCUCCAAGCCAGCCAGUCUCAAAGGAUUAUUCUCGACCUCGACUACUAGCAGUAAGCCACCCGAGUUCAUCAGACACGACAUUAUCCGCGUCUUGAAUCAGCUUGGAGUGCAAUAUACUGUGAUCAAGGGUGGCUUUUCUUGCAGACACGCGCCCAGUAUCAACCUCGAAGGGGUCAAGGAACCGAUAGCCGGGCUUGAUGAAGACAGAAGUGGACGGGUGACGAGUGGACACCAACGCCGGAUCUCGUUUGGUGGGGCAUUCCGGGGAAAAGAGAGGGAAGACAUUAGGGACGACAGGUUAAGCCGACAUCAUACCAGAAGGAGACAACCAGACCAGAGUUUCGUGACUAACUCCGAGGGUUCGGAUGAGUACUUGCAACAGAAUCGAUCCGAGGCACACGAUGGGGCCGCGACAAGGACUCGAGUACAAGAAGACAGUGGCGAGCGGUUGGUGCUCAAGUUUGAGAUUGCCAUCGUGAAAAUCCCUCUUCUCUCUCUUCACGGGAUCCAGUUCAAGAAGGUGCAAGGGGGAAUGAACCAGUACCGAUCAAUGACCUCGGCCAUUCUCAACUCAUUGAGAUUGUGA